AUGGUUUCCUGCAUUGACUCAGCUCCUGUGGAAACAUUUGCACUAGCAGCCACUAGCAAGCACAUGCGCGUGCGCCAUCCCAGGCUGGACACUUUGCUGCAAAGGGUCUACGAGCGACAAGACCAGUCAUCUGGUGCCAUGGUUGCCCGCAUUGCAAGCCUGGAGCGACAGAUAGGCUUGCUCAAUGGCCAGUUUCUUGCCAGCACUAGUCGUUAUCACGAUCGCCGACAACUUAUUCCACAGCAGAUUGGGGGACGUCUUGAUUCUUGGGAGCCUUUUCGAAAAGACAACUCGGAGUCAACGCCUCCUUGCCGUCUUCCGACAACACAGUGA